AAUGGAUUUUUGAAGUUAAACUUCAACAUUUUGCGGAUCACUAAUUAGGUGAAGGUGACAAAUAUCUAGGUUCAGCAUGAAUAUAUACUUAUAAUUACAAUCAAUCACUCAACAAUGAUUAGUUGCAUUAUUAUCUCCCAUUAUGAUCCGCAGUUAUGUUGCUGCAAACCAUGGAUAAUUAUAGUUUUUAGUAUAAAAACAGACUCUCCUAGCUUAGAGUCGUUUAAUUUGCAUUAGGCGGUUUCAAAGUUAAGUAAGAAAUUCUUUUUUCUGGUGGUCAGCUUCUUAGCAGAAAUGUAUUCUCGGCGAACUAGCAGAUUUUCAUUGGUUCUGUUUCCGUGGUUGCUCGUGAUUUCUCAGGCAAAACUUGAUCCUCAAAAGGUCCGAGACUAUACUAAUAACUUUACUAAGUCAUGUCAGCCAGAAUCAACCCAUUUUGGUGACGUUCACGCUAUGCUACAAAAAACCGAUCCAUCCAGAGAUGAAAAGUGUUUCAUCACCUGUACCUUGAUGGAAUUGGGGCUGUUAUCUGAAAGUGGUGAGUUCCAAAAGAAAGGGUUCAUCAAAGUGAACAAAGACAUCCAGAAGUUCGAUGACAAUCCUGAACAAUUGAAAAACAUUGACGAACCUAUCAUAGAUAAGUGUGGUGAUAUACACAGUCCAGAAAAAUGCCAUAAGGGAUUUGCUAUAGCUGAGUGCGGCUUUCGCGUUUAUGCUGAGAUUCAUGGAUGAGUAUUGCAUGUGAACUUCACUGAUGAGAUGUUUGUGACAUAUUUACAUAAAUAUACAUAUUUAUAUAUUUUCUGCAACUCA